GAGAAUUCGCACAGUUUAACUGGCGGGCAACGAUGUCUGAGUGCCGUGAAGCUAUGGACAUAGCCAGUAACUUCAUGGCCUCCGGUUUGGAAAAUUUUGAUGGUACUUAUAGGCCCCCCUUUGAUUUCUGCGUAAAGCUGGCAGAGUUUGCCCUCGCUCGCUCGGACCAUUUUGUGUCGAGAACAAUGGAGCGUUCAGGAACCGAUGUUAAGCAUGAGAGCGAUAAGGCUCUAGUCCAGGAAAUACUUGAGUUUUGGAGAAGCGGCCACAUGACCGGCUUGAGAAAUGAGGAUCAUCGCUUUUGGAUCCUUAAAAUGUUGCCUCAUGUUAUCGACUUCGAUUUGGCAGGAGCCGACAACCGGCACGUCCCAUUGCGAAUGCUUAUAUGUUCUCCAUGUCCUUGUCGUCAUUCAUCCUUGGGCUGGUUUGCGAAGGUCCUAGAUCGUGAGACAGACGUCCUGAUUGCAACAGCCGAUGGAUCGAGUGGGGACAUAGUGACAAGACUACAGCUACUGGCACUGAGCACAGUAAGCAACCGCUACAGGCCAUAUGGGGAUGUGCCUAUAGUCCAGAGAACAUCGGGGUGUUUCGCUAGCAAUGUCGUCGACCAGGAAUAUGACUUGGUCUUAUCUCGAGAGGAACUCUUGGACCACGACCAUAGUCUGGGGAGCACCACGAUGUCCUCAACGCCGUCAACAGUUAAAUUUGACAAUAUAAAGAACGUGCACCGUCUCCGUCGAGCUUCCUUUGUAGGACAGCACGGUCACUCGAUUUCUUAUUCUAGUGGAUCGGAGUUUGAGCGCCUUAUUCCCAUUGUUGCUUCACUGUCUUAUCUCCAUUCUUAUUACCUCAACAAGCAACGAUAUCCAGACUUUGACUGUUUGGUAAUGGAGUUUGGGAUUCGCACAUCAUCACUAGAAAAUUUGCAGCGAAGGGAUUCUGAGCAGCGUCAAAACAAUUGCCAGCGCUUUCAUCGCAUCUUCAGAGAUACUUGCUGGGAGACAUUGCCUGAUGACUUGGUCAUGAAGAUAUUGGGGUUUCUUUUGCAGCGCCCCCCUCUACACAUCCUAAGACCUCUUCAACCUCCCCGUCAAAUGACCUCCAUUACACAUAUCUAGGCCUUUUGAACGCAUUCAUGGUCCGGUAAACAUUCCAUACAACUGACAUGUAGGCUGACCCAUAGGACAUCACACAGAACUGACACGUUAACUGGUUGAUGGCAUGUUCCCUACUACCUAAAAUGAAAUGCCCCCCAUUAC